AUGUGCUGCGUGAGCGGGGCGGCGGGCCGCGCCCGGGCCGGUCGGGAUGAAGCGCGGAGCGCGGACGGCAGCAAACUGCCCCCGGCGGGACCGCUAUCAAGCAGGAACCGCAUCACCGAGGGGCAUCUACGGCAGUACGAGCGGCGCGGGGACAGCGGCCCUGUCACCCCCCCGCACAACUUCCCUCACAGCGGCCCCGCCACCGCCGCGGGCCCCCCCGCGGGCUUUCGGGCCGGGGGAGCUGCUGGCCAAGGUGCUGCCGGGGGGAGAGAAAGCCGCCUGGGGGGUUCGCGCCACGGCGGCGGGAGGCCUUCGCCCACCACAAUGCUGAUUGCUGAUUAUAUCCCUGUGCUUCAGCUUCCAGAACUGCUUACUUUCCUGUACCUGAAGUUCCUGGUGGUGUGGGCACUUGUGCUGUUGGCAGAUUUUGUCCUGGAGUUCAGAUUUGAGUAUCUGUGGCCAUUCUGGCUCUUCAUCAGGAGUGUUUACGAUUCCUUCAGAUACCAGGGUUUGGCCUUCUCAGUAUUUUUUGUUUGUGUAGCAUUCACAUCAAAUAUAAUCUGUCUGCUCUUCAUACCAAUCCAGUGGCUGUUUUUUGCUGCCAGCACCUAUGUUUGGGUACAGUAUGUCUGGCACACAGAGAGGGGGGUGUGCUUACCAACAGUAUCACUGUGGAUACUUUUUGUUUAUAUUGAAGCAGCCAUUAGAUUUAAAGAUUUAAAAAAUUUCCACGUAGACCUUUGUCGUCCAUUUGCAGCACACUGUAUUGGCUACCCUGUUGUGACUUUGGGCUUUGGCUUUAAAAGUUACGUCAGCUACAAAAUGCGUUUAAGAAAACAGAAAGAAGUGCAGAAGGAGAACGAGUUCUACAUGCAGCUCCUGCAGCAAGCACUGCCCCCAGAGCAGCAGAUGCUGCAAAGGCAAGAGAGGGAGGCAGAGGAAGCAGCCAAAGGAUUAUCCGAUAUGGAUUCCUCAAUACUUCUGCAGCACAAUGGAGGCAUUCCAGCCAAUAAAAAAAUAUCUGCAACGUUGCCAGAGCUAGAAUAUAGAGAAAAAGGGAAAGAAAAGGACAAGGAUGCGAAGAAACACAACCUUGGAAUAAAUAACAAUAUUUUGCAACCUGUAGACUCUAAAAUACAAGAAAUUGAAUAUAUGGAAAACCAUAUCAAUAGUAAAAGAUUAAAUAAUGAUCUUGUAGGAAGUACAGAAAACCUCUUAAAAGAGGACUCAUGCACUGCCUCGUCCAAAAAUUACAAAAAUGUCAGUGGAGUUGUGAACUCCUCACCUCGCAGUCACAGUGCAACUAAUGGGAGCAUCCCCUCCUCAUCCACUAAAAAUGAGAAAAAACAGAAAUGUGCCAGCAAGAGCCCGAGCACACAUAAGGACUUAAUGGAAAAUUGUAUUCCUAAUAACCAGCUAAGCAAACCAGAUGCACUGGUAAGGUUGGAACAAGACAUCAAGAAGCUAAAGGCUGACCUGCAGGCCAGCAGGCAGGUCGAGCAGGAGCUGCGCAGUCAGAUCAGUUCCCUGACCAACACAGAGCGGGGGAUCCGCUCGGAAAUGGGGCAGCUCCGGCAGGAAAACGAGCUCCUGCAGAACAAAUUGCACAACGCUGUACAAAUGAAACAAAAAGACAAACAAAUGAUCAGCCAGUUGGAGAAGAAACUAAAGGCAGAGCAGGAGGCACGAACCUUUGUAGAAAAGCAAUUAAUGGAAGAGAAGAAAAGGAAGAAGUUGGAAGAAGCAACUGCUGCACGAGCUGUGGCCUUUGCUGCUGCCACGAGGGGAGAGUGCACUGAAACUCUACGGAAUCGCAUCCGGGAGCUGGAGACAGAGUGCAAGAAGUUAACAAUUGACAUAAAGCUGAAAGAAGAUCAGAUAAGAGAGCUAGAAAUGAAAGUUCAGGAGCUGAGGAAGUACAAGGAAAACGAGAAGGAUACGGAGGUGUUAAUGUCAGCACUUUCAGCCAUGCAGGAUAAAACACAGCACUUAGAGAACAGCCUGAGUGCAGAGACCAGGAUCAAGCUGGAUCUGUUCUCUGCAUUAGGAGAUGCAAAAAGGCAGCUUGAGAUUGCCCAAGGGCAAAUCAUUCAGAAAGAUCAGGAAAUCAAGGACCUAAAACAGAAGAUUGCAGAAGUUAUGGCAGUAAUGCCCAGCAUAACAUACACUGCAGCCACCAGCACUCUGAGUCCUGUUUCCCCACAUUACUCUUCCAAAUUUGUGGAGACCAGCCCUUCUGGACUCGAUCCCAAUGCCUCUGUUUAUCAGCCCUUGAAGAAAUGAAUGCCAAUUUUUCUUUUUUGCCCAGUAAUUUUUUUGUCAUGCUGAAGGCAUCACACAGGAGUGUCUCUUGCAGUCAAGAUGAAAUUGUAUUGUGUGAGACUGUAUUUGUUGUCAUUUAAAACAGGAUAAAAGAACAUCUGGAUUGACUAGAACUGCCCAUCAGUUUUUCUUGUAAAUUUUUAGAAAACCUCACAGAACUUUGCAAUUUAUUUUCCUUGGCCAAUGCAUUAAAAACAAUUCUUGGUUUUCAAGUAGCCAAUUUUGCCUUUUUAUGUACUCUUGCAUGGUUUCCUCUUGAAAAAAAUACAGGGCUUUGCUUGAUUUUG